AUGUUGUGGCGGAACCCACGGCUUUCGGGCGUCGCGUCGCGCCUGGCGCGGGCAGCCUCGACGACGACGACGUCCUCUGCGGACGCCAACCGGGCGGUGCUGCAGCGCCUCGCCCAGGCCACGGACCACGAGCUGUCGCUCAUGGCGCAGGCGAUCGACGCUGGCACGGUCGCACGGAUACAGGCGCUGCUGCCGGCGACCACGGUCGCGGUGCCGCCGCCGUCCAAGGCCCAGCUGCGCCAGGUCAUGGUGCGCAGCAUGGUACCGUUCAUUGGCUUUGGCUUUGUCGACAACUUCAUCUUGAUCAUCGCCGGCGACUACAUUGACACGACGCUCGGCGUCUCGCUCGGGAUCUCGACCAUGGCCGCGGCCGGUAUUGGCAACACGAUCAGUGAUGUCGCUGGCAUUGGCCUCGGUGGCGUCAUCGAAGAUUGCGCCGCCCGCAUGGGCCUCGCCGACCCCAAGCUGCUCAAGGAGCAGCUCGACAUGCGCGUGACGCGCGUCGCACACUACACAGGCUGCACGAUUGGCGUCGUGAUUGGCUGCAUGCUUGGCAUGGCGCCGCUGCUCUUUCUCGAGACGAAGGAGGACCUCCAGGCCAAGGCGACGCUCGACGUGGCUCAUUGA